ACAGCGCCGCUGUCCAAUGGAAGCUCAGGGACGGACCCCUGGGGGAGAGCCCUACGUCGCGGGGGUGGUGCUUCUGUCAUGGCCGCUGCCGCGGGUGCCGCGUCCCCGGCCGACAAGGAGAGAUUCAUCUGCAUUUAUCCAGCAUAUUUGAAUAACAAGAAGACAAUAGCAGAAGGAAGGAGGAUUCCUAUAGACAAAGUAAUUUUGUGGGUGGCUGUUGAAAACCCCACAUCUACAGAAAUCCAAGAUGUAUGUGCAGCAGUUGGAUUCAAUGUGUUAUUAGAGAAAAAUAAGAUGUAUCCUAGAGAGUGGAACAGAGACAUGCAGUACAGAGGUAGAGUACGAAUCCAGCUCAAACAAGAUGAUGGCAACCCAUGUUUACCUCAGUUUCCAACACGUAAGUCAGUGAUGCUGUAUGCUGCAGAAACCAUUCCCAAACUGAAAACAAGAACUCAGAAGAUGGGAGGUAGUGAUCAAAGCCUUCAGCAAGGAGAGGGAGGCAAGAAAGGUAAAGGGAAGAAAAAGAAGUGAGCUCACACCUGGAAUCACUGUAACAUUGCAUAGUUGUACCUACAACAAAUGCAGAUGGACAUGUUGCUGCAGCUUUGAAGUGAGAGAUACAAGCAAGAAAUAAAGAGGGGAAGUUGAAUAGAACUGCCUGCUUUAUCAGAACUGGAAUGCAUUUAGCUGCCUUGCAUCUGUGUAACAAUAAAUCUGUUUUCACACACAACCUGCAA